UAAUAUUUCAAGCCAUUUCAGAAGUGAAAUUGUGAUCUCAACAAAUUACAUUUCGGCAUCUGAUGAGAAGUGAAACGAAUUGAAUUGUUGUGAAGGAAAAUUUCGAGGAAAAAAUCAAAUCCGCGAGAAAAGUCGAAAUUAAAAAAUCCGCAAACAUAAUUAGCUAAUGUUUGGUUUGGCUCGAUGGUUAGUGCGGAACUUGGAGACAUGAUGCAAACAGCUGGCUCACAGGACCCUUUAUCUCAGGAGUCUUAUUUGCGAAGCAUGGCUGCCUAUCCGCAUCCUGAUUCCCUACCCUUACCCCCACACCAUCACUCGCAAAUGCAGGUGUAUGAUGACGAAGUAGAUGAAAAGUCAGGUUCUAAUAUGAAUAUGGGACCUAGAACCUGGUAUCAAGUUCCUCCUAGAGAUCUCAGAUAUCCAGAGGACCCCCACCUCCAGUAUGGAUUACCACCUAUGGUUGGAAACAUGAAGAGAAGUGUAGACGCUGGACAGAUGGAUAUGAUGGAUGGACAAGAUAGUUCAGACGAAGAUAGUCAGGAUACUAAACCAAUGAUCCAUCCACAUGAUGAAUAUCCUACAGGAGGUGCUGGACGGGGGAAACCAGCUCCUUCAACUCCUUUACAGGGAAAGAAGACAAAAGGCAGAGUUAAAAUAAAAAUGGAGUUUAUCGAUAAUAAAUUGAGAAGAUACACAACAUUUUCGAAACGAAAAACUGGAAUUAUGAAAAAGGCGUAUGAGCUUUCUACGUUGACCGGAACCCAAGUGAUGCUACUGGUAGCUAGUGAGACGGGUCAUGUGUAUACCUUUGCAACAAGAAAACUUCAGCCAAUGAUAACUUCAGAUACUGGCAAAGCCCUGAUACAGGUGUGUGUCCAGGACAAUGAAUAUGACAUGCAUACACGAGUACAGACAUGCUUGAACUCCCCUGACCCGCCACCAAUACCUGCCAGCUCGGCUGACCAGCGCAUGUCAGCUACGGGAUACGAGGAAACUGAACUUACUUACAAUGUUAAUGAAGACGAACAACAGAAGGUUCGUCAGAUGAUGUAUUCCUCUCAUUAUUCUCAUCCUCAACAUUCUCAUAAUCUAUUCUCUCCCUCACCCUCCCAGUAUCCAGUAUCCCACUCAUACAUCACCCCUCACCCAGCACCCUCCCCCUCACCCUCCCACCACCAUCCAUACGGAGUAUCCCUCUCCCCAACCCUCUCCCACUCUCCUACUCAUCAUAUCUCAUCCCCCGGCCCUCCUUUUCAUCAUUCUCAACAUCAUUCUGUUAGAUGAAUUCAUCCUGAAAUAUUUUAGAUGAUUCAACACCUCCAUUUAUUCCGUCUGAACCUCUUCUAAAAUCCACCAACUUAAAUCUAAAAAAUCCACCAACUUGAAUCUGAAAAAUUCACCAACUGAGUCCCUCUCUCAGCUUCAUUCAGAGGAAUGAUUUGAUCAUUCUAGUUUCGUGUUCAAUGGUCAUU